UUUCAAGAAGCAAAAAUUUAGAAGAAAUAAAAAAAAUUAAUUAGCUGUAAAAAAGAUGGAAUUGAAUUAACUAUAAAAUUUUUUUAACUCGAAUCUAAAUUAGCAUGAAAGAAUUUUUUUAUCAAUAGAUAAUGAAUUCAUAAAUGAAGAAAAUUCAAUUGAUCUUGCAAAUUGUAUAAAAAAAUGUUAAAAUCUUUAGGAAUUAGGACUAAAUAUAACUUUAAGUUAAAUCAGUGAAGAGAGAUUGUACUAACUAUAUCAAGCUCUUAAAUUUUGUCCUAAUCUUUAAAGCUUAAAAUUGAUUCUAGAAUCAGACUAACAGUCUGUGGUAAGUAUUUUUGGUCUUGGAGAUUCAUUAGAGAAGUGUGAUAAAUUGAGAGAAUUCUCUAUCGAUAUAGCUUAUAAUCAUAUCCAGCCUGAACAAAUUUGUAUGCUUUUUCGAUAAAUAGCCAACAAUUAGAGUAUUUCUACUUUAUAGUUCAAUUUGGAAGGGAAUUAAAUGGAUUCGACUCUUUUGUCAUAAAUAGCAAUUAACCUUCAAAAAUUAAAGAAGUUGGAAAAAUUAUCUAUGAAUUUUAGGUAAGGUUAUUUAUAUUCUGAAGGAAUCAUUUAAUUUGCUUAAGGAAUGGAAUCAUUUGCUACUUUAAUUGAUUUAAGCAUUAAUUUAGAUUCUAAUUAAAUAUCUGAAUCAGGAGCUGAGGCUCUUGGUAAAUUAAUUGGCAAUCAAAUUUUUCUAUCAAGUUUGGAUUUAAACUUUAACUAUAAUGCUUUGUGUGCUAAUGGAGUUACUAAAUUAAUUGAUCAAAUUCAUAAAUGCUCAAGAAUAUAAUCAAUAAGCUUUAAACUUUAAUAAAAUGCAAUUGAUGCUAAAGGUGCUUUUGCAAUAGGUAGUGCGAUUUCUUAAUGCAAGACAUUAGUUAAUUUAUGCUUGGAUUUAAGCUAAAAUAGUAUAGGUUUUUAAGGUUUAUCAGAUUUGGUAACAUAGCUAAAAUUAUGCAAAAGUUUAGAAAAUUUAGAAGUCUAAACAUGCUAUAUUUAAGAUGAUACUGUUGAGGAAUUGAAUUUGGGGUUAAAUUAAAUAAAAUCAAUAAAAUAGAUAUCAUUUAAUUUUAGUUCAAACACUUUUGAUAAAGUUAAAGCAAUAUCUGAUUUAGCCAACAAUUUAGAACUUUGUGCUAAUCUCGUUAAGCUUAGGCUCUUUUUAUGUUCUUGCUAUUUAGAAGGAAAUAUCAUUAAGCCAUUAGGUUAAGCUUUGAAAAAUAGCAAAAGUAUUGCAAAUGCAUAUCUUGAUUUCAGUUACAAUUAAAUUGGUGAUUAAGGUAUAUCAGACUUAGGCUCUGCUUUAGCAAAUUGCACUAAUCUCUAAAAUCUGACAUUUGAUCUUUAGUAAAGACAGCUUAUUUGUUUUUUAUUGUGAUAUUUUUACUCAUAAAAAUGAAUUUAAAACAAUGCAGCUCUUUUAAUUUGUUUAUAAGAUUUUUUAUUUUUACUUUUCUAUUUCUUUUUUAUUCUAAUUUCGUUUUUUUUCUUCUACAAUUCUUAAUUUAACUCAUUUUUAUUUUCAAUAUCUGCUUAUAUAAUUUAUUUAUUAAUUCUUUCUUAUUAUUUCAUAUUUUUUCUUCCCCUUUUCCUUUCUAAAUAAAUAAUUAUAAAUAUUUUUUCUUAACUAUUUAUAAGUGAAAAUUAAAUUGGUGACUAAGGUAUAUCAUGCUUUGGUUCUGCUUUAGCAAAUUGCACUAAUCUCUCAAAUUUGAGUCUUGCUCUUAGGUAAAAAUAGUUUAUUUGUUUUUGAUUGUGAUAUUUUUACUUAUAAAAGUGAAUUUAAAACUAUAAAUCUCUUUUAAUUUUUUUAUUAGCUAUUAUUUGAUUUAGAUUUCUUAAUUAUACUCAUUUUUUUAUUUACAAAAUUUUUUUUUAUGAUUUGUUAAUCUUUAAUUAAUAUUUUAUAUUUUUUCUUCAUUUUUUUCUUCUAAAUAAAUAAUUUUAAAAAGUAACAAUUAAAUUGGUGAAAAAGGUGCUUCAGGCUUGGGUUCUGCUUUAGCAAACUGCACUAGUCUCUCAAAUUUGACACUUGAUCUUCGGUAAAAACAGUUUAUUUGUUUUAUAUAAUUAAUUAAAUUUAAAACAAUAAAACUCUUUUAAUUUGUUUUUUAAUUAAUUUUGUAAUAGAUUUUUUUUUUAUUGUCCGUCCUUGUUUUUUUUCUUCUAUCUUUGUUAAUUUAAUUCAUUUUUUACUUUCAAAAUUUACCUUUAUUAUUUUUAUAUUUAUUUCUUAUUAUUUCAAAUUUUUUAUACAUUUUUUACUUCUAAAUAACUAAUCAAUUUUUUUUUUCUUAAAUAUUUAAAAAGUUGGAAUUAAAUUGGUGAUGAAGGCUCAUCAGGCUUAUGUUCUGCUUUAGCAAAACACAUUAAUCUCUCAAAUCUGAGACUAGAUCUUUAGUAAAAACAGUUUAUUUGUUUUGCAUAGUGAUAUUUUUACUUAUAAAAAUCAAUUUAAAACAAAAUAAAUCUAUUAAUUUGUUAAUUAGCUUUUUAUUUGAUUUAUUUUGAUUUUGAUUUUUCAUUCAAAUUCUGCUAAUGUUUUUUUAUUUAUUAAUUUUAAAUAUAAAUUUAGAUUGAAAAAUUUAUUCUAUUUAAUUUUUUUAGUAUUUUAUUAAAUUUAAUAUAAUAUAAAAGUGUAAACUAAAUCAAUGAAUCAUAAUAAUUGAAAGUAAAAAACAAGUGUCUUAAAUCAAAAAGAUUAGUUGUCUUUAAAAUAAAUUUCUGAUGGCGAUAGACAAGUUGUGAAAAAGGAUGAAUAAAUAUUAAAUAUUAAAUAAAAUUUUUUAUUAUAUAAUAUUUUUUGCAAAAAAACAUUUUAACCUAAAAUAUAGAUAGAUUUAUUAUUAAAUAUUUUAUUUAUUUUUAUGUAAA